GGAGAGCAGCGGAGUGGAUCAUAGCCCAGCACUACAGAGAGAGAGAGAGAGAGAGAGAGACAGAAAAGAAGAGAGAGAGGGGGAGAGAAUGUGAGUGGAUUCCUUCGCUAACUCACACUCACACUCGUCCGCUCUCUCCCUCUUAGUCUGUGUUGUUAUUUUUUUUGGUCUCCCUCCCGGGGAGCGUUCUUUCGUUUCGCUCCAGGCCAGAGCCGCCUCCAGCCGGCAGAUCCAGCAGCUCGGCUCUGCCCUCGGGGUCUCUCCUUCAGGAUGGGCAGCGCCACCAGCCCUCGUGCCAGCCAGACCCAGCCCCCGGCGACGGCCGAGCAGGACAGCCCGCCGCAGGAGGAGCCCCCCAAGGGACCCGAGGUACUGACCUCGCUGGAGCGCCUGUCCCAGGCCACGGGGGGCAUGGAGAAGUCCUGGUACCGCUGCAUCUUCCCCUUCGGCCUCAUCUCCCUGGUGAUCGGGGUGGCGGGCACGGGCGUCGCCUUCACUUUCGACGACCUGCCGCUCACCAAGGUGGUGUCGCUGGUGCUGCUGGGGGUCGGGAUGGUUCUCGUGCUGCUGGCGGGCGCUUGCUGGAUGGCGCACCGCGAGAAGCGGAGGAAAAGGAAAGAGGGGGGGUCCUGUGGCUCAGAGCAGUGCGCCAUCUGAGGCCCGGCCCCGGCCCAGGGUGUCCGGGGGAGGGGAGCCGUCAGCCGAAACAUCGCCGCUUCCUCUGAGAGGAACUCGGGCGGUCCAAGUUCUUGACUGGAGAGGACCGGAAGGGAGGGUAGAGAGCGCGAGGGACAGCGAGGGGGGCCCGGCACCAGACUGGGAGGUCCACCGUCAGCGCUUUCCUGGCAUGCGGCUCCGCUGUGCUUGCACGGCCUGCUACCUUACAGCAGGUGCCAUGGGUCUAAACCGGUGCCACGGACACACGCACGAGCACACACACACACACACACACACACACAC